AUUUCCAUUCUUAUAUUUUGCAGGGUUACUCCGAUUCUUAUAAAACAAGUCCAAGUUGUUCAUUCUGAUUUUAAGAAGAGUGAUGGCCUUCCCUGUCCGGCUUAUCCUCUUGUCUUCCAUUUGCCCUCUACUUUUUCUCUCUGCUUUGUUUUUCUGUGGCUUUAUCUCUUUAGGGUUGUACCUAUUAUUCUUCUUCUCCACUGUUUCUAUUUGCUGCUGCCUUUUGGCUUUCAAUCUUCGCCAUAAACAGAGACCAGCAACACUACUGAUCCACACUGCUUCAGUUACCACCAAUACAGAGAUGGUUCCUUCUUCUUCUUCGUUUUUUUCUCCACCAUCCGGUAAACUCACGUACGAUGUGUUCCUCAGUUUCAGAGGUACAGAUACCCGUAAAAAUUUCACGGACCAUCUUUAUACUGCUCUCAAACAGAAAGGUAUAUCCACUUUUAGAGAUGAUGAAGAACUCGAGAGGGGGGAAUCGAUUGGUCCAAAUCUCUUGAAAGCAAUCGAAGAAUCAAGAUAUACAAUUGCUGUUUUCUCACGAAACUACGCCUAUUCUACAUGGUGUUUGGAUGAGAUUACCAAGGUCGCCGAUUGCAUGAAAGCCAUGGGACAAAAAGUCCUCCCAGUGUUCUACGAUGUUGAUCCAAAUGAGGUACGAAGACAGACAGGUGAUCACUUUGGGAAAGCAUUUGAGAAGCAUCAAAAGCGGUUUAAAGCGGAACCAGACAAAGUAAAGAGGUGGAAAGACGCGCUUUUUCAAGUAGGCAAUCUCUCCGGAUGGCAUCUGCAAGAUGAGUACGAAUCCAAAGUCAUUCAAGAAAUUGUUGAAAGGAUUUUCACCGAGUUAAAUCAAUUAAUCCCAAUAUCUGAGGGUUUAGUUGGGAUGGAUUCUCACCUGAAUGAAAUGCUUUCGUACUUAGACAUUAGGUGUCCUGAUGUUCGUAUCGUAGGGAUUUGUGGGAUGGGUGGUAUCGGUAAGACAACUGUUGCACAAGUGGUUUUUGAAAGGGUACAAGCUCAGUUUGAAGGUUGCAGCUUUCUUGAGAAUGUUAGAGAGGAAACAGAAAAGCAAGGUGCAAUUCAUUUACAAGAGCAACUUCUUUUGAACUUGCUGAAUUGUAAUGUAAAUGUACAGACCACUAAAAUGGGAAAAGAUAUAAUCAGGCAUAGACUAUGUACUAAAAGGGUUCUUCUCAUUCUUGAUGAUGUGGAUCAAGAAGGACAAUUGGAAGCAUUGUGUAAUCGCACUUGGUUUGGUCCAGGGAGUAGGAUCAUCCUAACAUCAAGAGAUGAACAAUUGCUCAGUUUAUUUAGAGUGGAUAAAGUAUACAAGGUGAAUCCAUUAACUGCUUGCGAAGCUCUUGAGCUCUUUGGUAUGAAAGCCUUUAAGAAAGACCAGCUGGUUGGGAAAGAUUUUCUCAAGCUAUCCAAGGAAUUUUUGAAAUAUGCUAAUGGUCUUCCAUUAGCUAUUAAAGUUUUGGGUUCCUCUGUUUAUGGUAAGAAUGUAAAAUUAUGGUCUAGUGCAUUGGAUAGACUAAAAAACAAUCCUCAAAAAAAGAUUAUCAAUGUUCUUAAAGCUAGUUAUGAUGGAUUAGAAGAAACUGAAAAGAAAAUAUUUUUGGACAUUGCAUGUUUCUUUAAGGGAUGGAACAUAGCUCGUGUAACAAGUAUACUACAAGGUAGUGGCCACUGCCCGGACAUUGAUAUAGAGGUUCUCGUACAGAAAUCUUUGGUAACGCUGUUUGGAAGCGAAUUGGGGAUGCAUGACUUGGUACAAGAACUGGGUUGGGAUAUUGUUCGUCAAGAAAGUCCUGAAGAGCCCGAAAAUCGUAGCAGGUUGUGGCUUGCCGAUGAAAUCAUCUAUGUUCUUGGUCGAAGUAAGGCGAUGAGUGCUGCUCAAAGUAUAUUCCUCCAAUGUCCAACAAAAGACGAUUUUGUCUACUCAAUUGAUAAUGCCUUCUCAAAUAUGGACAGAUUGAGAUUGCUCAAGAUUUGUAAUGUGAAGUUUUUCGGAAACAUCACAUAUCUUUCUAAUGAGUUACAAUAUCUUGAGUGGCAUGAGUGUCCUUUGGAUUCUUUCCCGUCAGAAUUUCAAGCAAAUAAACUUGUUGAAGUUCGCAUGCAAUUUAGCCGCAUCAAACAACUAUGGAGGGGGAAAAAAGGAUGGAGCAAGCUACAGCUUAUUGAUCUGAGUGGUUCACCAUACUUGAUGUCGACUCCAGACUUCACUGAGGUUCCUGAUCUUCAGGAGUUGGAGCUUCAAUAUUGUACAUGCUUGGUGGAGGUUCACCCGUCUCUUGGAUUUCUGAAGAAACUUGUCUCUCUGAAUAUGACACAUUGCAGGUCUAUUGAGAGCCUUCCACCUUUCACUGCCCUUGAAUCCCUCCAAAUAUUGAGGCUUUCAUUCUGUUCAGGGCUGAAGAAGUUUCCAGAAAUUGAAGGAAAUAUGAAAAGCUUGCUGGAGCUUCAUUUGGAUAGGACCAGCAUUGAGGAAUUGCCUCCAUCAAUUGAACACUUGACUGGUCUUACCAUAUUGAAUCUAACAGACUGUAAAAACCUUUUGCAUCUUCCCGAUACCGUUGGGUGCUUGACUUCUUUGAAAAGUCUCCAUCUAACAGGUUGCUCCAAAAUUGAUGAGAUACCUGAGAAUCUGAAAGGUAUGAUAUGUCUGGAGAAGCUUACAAUUGGUGGAAAUUCCAUAAGGGAGUUAUCUUUCAUUGUAGGCAUGAAGAAUCUACGGUAUCUAUCCUGCGAAGGAUGUAAAUGUCUAGUUUCAGAAUCAUGCAAAAGCCUGGAUUCGAUAUCGAAUUUGAUAGCGCUAGACUUGAGUUAUUGCAAUCUGAUGGAUGGAGCAAUUCUCAAUGAUUUUAGCAGCCUAAUCUCCUUGGAAUUUUUAGAUUUAAGUGGUAAUUGCUUCGUGCGAUUACCUGAAAGUAUCUCUCAACUCUCAAAGCUCGACACUCUGCACUUGAGUAAUUGCAGACAGCUUCAAUUGCUGCCCAAGAAGCUUCCGUUAAGUCUUCAUCACGUGUAUGCACAAAAUUGUACUUCACUGACAGAUUACCCAAAUCAAAUCAAAGAAUUGAAUUCAUCGGAGUCGGGACUGACUAUUAUCGAUUCCCUCAAUUCUUCAGCACUUGGAGUCUCACAGCAAAGUUCGUCCGGGUUGAAUUUUUCAAGCAUUGUAGGGGAACCUCUACAAGCGCAUGUGACAUAUAAUCAUCCAGAGGGGAUAAAAGUUUAUCAUGUGCCACGGAUAACAGUUCUAAAACAAGAGCCUUUCUUUUCAGAUUUCAGUAGCGCACAUCCUACAGAUGAAAUUCCAGUGUGGUUCAGUGCUAUAUCUACCAGAAAUCCCAUAUUAAGCCCGAUACCUCAAAAUCUGGCCGAUGAUAACAAGUGGAAGGGAUUUGCCGCGGGUGCUAUAUUCUCAGUCAAGGGGCACACUGCUCUCUCCCUUAUUGAACCGGAUCCUGAUUUUUCUAAUUACUCGUAUCAAGUCACAAUCGAAACUGAUGUUGUGCGCCUGGAACCACUAGUGUUCGGGAUAGGACUCAGCUGCCUUGCAUCAAGUUCUCAUCUGCUUAUAAUUUUCUAUAUAGAGUGUCUGAAGUUUCCACGAUGGGGGUUAAAUCAAUCAACUGUGGUGAGAGCUAUAUUUGAAACCACCAAUCCAUCCAUGGUGGUCCAGAAAUGUGGAAUUCAUCUACUCUAUGAGCAAGAUGCUGGAUGGCAUUCCAGAAUCCGUAGGCAUCAACCGAUUGUGCUGAAUAAAAAGGACGCCGGCUCUCUACGGGAUUCUGCCUGGCUUCGUCCAUCUUUUAGAUGGGAGAAAUUCAUUCCACCCUUGGAAGAAGAAUCCACACUUGUGCUGAGAAAGAACCUGGAGUCUGUUCUUCCAAGAUACCUUGAGGCACUAAACUGUUAUUCUAAAACGUACAAAUUUAACCUCAGUGGAAGGCCAGGGUGGUUUCAUGAGUCGUUUGUCUUUCCUCAAAGGGCUGGUUUUACUGUAGCAUCAAUCAAGCGGCCUCAAAAUCUACACAAGAGCAAGAAGUGGAUGGGAUUUGCAAUAUAUGCAUCACUUGUAGAGGAAGUGGGGCAGACAAUGGAAAAGGACAACUAUUGGGUACGCGUAUUUGUUACACUAGGAACUGGGGAUAAAUUUCGUUUGGGUGUGGCCCGAGUACUUAAGCACGUCAGGCCAUUGUCAGAAGAACAUCAUCAACUAUUGGUUAUUUACAUACCACGGGCACAAAUUCCUGAAGUGUUGUUCACUCAGACAUUAACAACUGCAAUGGACUUUUACAUCAAGAUCAGUGAUAGCGCUCAUGUAAAGGUUCAAACAUGUGGGUUCCGUAUUGUGUACCAAGAAGAUAUACAAGGGUUUGCUGAUACAAUUAUCCGGUGCAUGCAAAGGGAAGAUUCUCUUAAAUCUCACAAUAAGUUGGUGGUAGAACAAUGGAUACGAUUGAUACGAUGGCAAGGUGCCCUAAAUUUAGAGAGAAUGACAGAACAGGAUUCUAGAACCCCACGGGAAAAACAAUUUCAAUUGCACUUACAAAAAUAUAGAAAUUGGGACUGGUCUGACCCUCAUCCUGUUUGUUGUCACUUCGAGGGAGAUGAAAUUUUCAAGUUGAAAUGGUUCAUGCCUUUCAUCAACCAAGGCAACUCUGCAGAAAUCCAACUGCCUCUGAAUGUGUUCAAUGAUGAUAAUUGGUUGGGCUUUGCCGUAUGUUCUCAGUUGUCCCACGACCAAUAUCCAAACAUUAGUCUCGGCAGUACUGCUGCUGAUUCAAAGGAGGUUAUGCUUAUUUGCUGUCUGGCCUCUGAUGUUGCUUGGGAGGGCUUAUUUGAUUACAACUUUGAAUUACGUUUAAAGAUUCAAGAGCCAUCGGAAUACGAUGCGACUUGGUUCUUUUAUAUACCGCGCACUAAAGUUCGUAGUAAUGUUUGGAGACAAUGCAAAUUGGCCAGGAUAACUAUGUUGUUGUCGAGUCCAAGCUCAGGAGUAGUGCAUAGUUGUGCCCUUCGUCUACUAUUUAAGGAGGACGUUGAACGUCUUGUAAAAACACUGGCCCACGCCGAAUUACCUUGAACAUACCCCAGCGUCUGGGGCUCUGAUACCAAAUGUUGGGAUCAGAAUCCAUAAAAAGGAAGUAGAGGAAGUAAAUUGCAGAAAAUGAAAGAAAAUAAACUAAACAACAUUCAUAUUCAUCGAUAUCUUUUACAAUGGAGGCAAGUUGCUUAUAUAGCUCAAUCUACUAACAACCCUAGACACCCAUUUAUAGCUGACCCGACCCGAUAUAGAGCCCAAGAUGGAAAUGCAGCUCAUUUAGAUAGCUCAACACAUUAGCCCAAGACAAUGUGUAAGAGUGUCCUAACAGUCUGCUUCUCAAUCAUGGAGAAGGUAACUCAAUUGUGAGUAGCCUUUUGGCUUAGAUUAAUUUUGUAAGUCGCAAUAACUUAUCAUUUGGCUUGGCUGAAGUUCCGAUA